UAUGGUCAUCAAUAAUACGCAAUCUUUUCACUGAUAUACAUUACAUUCUGCGCUUAUAUUUUUAUAUUAUUUUGCGUAAUACUGUUGUUGUUAGAAUGCGGGUCCUUUAAAUUAAACGAAACUUAUUUGUGUAGCGCGUGUUUAAGUAGCGCAGGUUUGUUUAUAAAAUCUUCUGUAUUUAUAUUGACUGCUUUAUUUCAUCUUCGUGAGGAUUCACAAUGUCGGGCAGUUUUUAUUUUGUUAUGGUGGGUCAUCACGAUAAUCCAGUAUUUGAGAUGGAGUUUCUUCCUCCUGGAAAGGGAGAAUCAAAGGAUGACCACAGACAUCUGAAUCAGUUUAUCGCUCAUGCUGCACUUGAUCUGGUGGAUGAGAAUAUGUGGAUGUCCAACAACAUGUAUCUGAAGACUGUGGACAAGUUUAAUGAAUGGUUUGUCUCUGCCUUCGUCACUGCAGGUCAUAUGAGAUUUAUAAUGUUGCAUGAUGUCCGGCAAGAGGAUGGAAUCAAGAACUUCUUUAAUGAUGUUUAUGACCUGUACAUCAAGUUUGCAAUGAAUCCUUUCUAUGAAGCAAACACACCGAUUCGCUCCACAGCAUUUGAAAGGAAAGUCCAGUUUCUUGGGAAGAAACAUCUCCUUGGUUAAUGAUUUUAAACAUGUACAUUUGCUUGAAUUUUGUUCUCAUAUGGAUGUGUAUUUUGUGUGUUUAUUAAGCAUCUUUCUAUUUCAAAUACAUAUUUCAGUUAUUUACUUAAGCUGUGAUAUGUUGUGUGUAUAUCAAAAUAAAGAGAGGAUCUAAAGUG